UGAAUUCUACUCUCUUGUCAUGCAGUGGCGUGAAGUUGUUUAGCUUGUUGUGCUAACCGGUGUCUGAUUGAUCCACUAUUUGAACACUUUAAAAAGUCAUAGCUUACUUUUGGUUUACAUCCCUUGUAAGCUGACUGACAUGCACCCCUCAAGUGUUCAUAUCCGGCUAAAGUACAGUCAACGUUAGUGUUUGACCAUCAGUCUCUUGUAAACAUAAAACAUUCAUUUCUGAGCUUUUCAAAGCUGUCAAGAUGCCCGAAAUCAGAGUUACGCCUUUAGGGGCUGGUCAGGAUGUUGGCCGCAGCUGUAUUUUGGUCUCCAUCGGAGGCAAAAACAUUAUGCUUGACUGUGGGAUGCAUAUGGGCUACAAUGACGAUAGACGUUUCCCAGAUUUCAGUUACAUUACUCAAAACGGUCGCCUCACCGAUUUCUUGGACUGUGUUAUUAUAAGUCAUUUCCACCUGGAUCACUGUGGUGCUCUUCCUUACAUGAGCGAGAUGGUGGGUUACGACGGGCCCAUCUACAUGACCCACCCCACCAAAGCCAUCUGCCCCAUUCUGCUGGAGGACUUCAGAAAGAUCACCGUAGACAAAAAGGGAGAGACCAACUUCUUCACUUCACAGAUGAUCAAAGACUGCAUGAAGAAAGUUGUGCCACUCAACCUCCACCAAACAGUUCAGGUUGACGAGGAGCUUGAGAUCAAAGCGUACUAUGCAGGUCAUGUGCUGGGAGCCGCCAUGGUUCAAAUCAAAGUCGGCUCAGAGUCUGUCGUCUACACCGGAGAUUACAACAUGACACCAGACAGACAUUUAGGAGCUGCUUGGAUUGACAAAUGCCGGCCAGAUCUUCUGAUAUCAGAGUCCACAUACGCCACCACGAUCAGAGACUCCAAACGCUGCAGGGAAAGAGAUUUCCUCAAGAAGGUCCACGAAACUGUGGAAAGAGGAGGGAAGGUCUUGAUUCCAGUGUUUGCUCUGGGAAGAGCACAAGAACUCUGUAUUCUGUUGGAAACAUUUUGGGAAAGAAUGAAUCUGAAAGCCCCCAUUUACUUCUCCACCGGUCUGACUGAGAAAGCCAAUCACUACUACAAGCUCUUCAUCACCUGGACCAAUCAGAAGAUCCGCAAGACCUUCGUACAAAGAAACAUGUUCGAGUUCAAGCACAUCAAAGCCUUUGAUCGCUCGUAUGCUGAUAACCCUGGACCAAUGGUUGUGUUUGCCACCCCUGGAAUGUUGCAUGCUGGCCAAUCUUUACUGAUAUUCAAGAAAUGGGCCGGCAAUGAAAAGAACAUGGUCAUCAUGCCAGGGUACUGUGUGCAAGGCACUGUGGGACACAAGAUCUUGAAUGGACAGAAAAAACUGGAGAUGGAGGGAAGAGCAACGUUGGAUGUGAAGCUACAGGUGGAGUACAUGUCCUUCAGUGCUCAUGCUGACGCUAAAGGCAUCAUGCAGUUGAUCCGCAUGGCAGAACCCAGAAACAUGCUGCUGGUGCACGGAGAGGCCAAGAAAAUGGAGUUCCUCAAAGACAAGAUCGAGCAGGAGUUCAGUAUCAGCUGCUAUAUGCCAGCCAAUGGAGAGACGACGAGCAUAGUGACGAACCCCAGCGUCCCCGUGGACAUCUCGCUCAACCUGCUGAAGAGAGAGAUGGCUCUCGGAGGUCCCUUGCCUGAUGCUAAAAGACCUCGCACCAUGCAUGGGACAUUAAUAAUGAAGGACGAUAGUCUGCGGCUGGUUUCUCCAGAACAGGCUCUUAAAGAACUGGGUCUCAGCGAACACCAGCUGCGCUUCACCUGCCGUGUGCUGCUCCACGACCCCCACAGCGACACCGACACACUCGGCCGCAUCUACACACACCUCAAGAGUGUAUUGAAAAGUUACAGCAUCCAGCACGUCUCAGACGGCACCGUCAUCGUGGAAUCCAUCGUUAUUAAAGUGACAUCCUCGGCCGAGGAGCCCAACCUCAAAGUCAUUCUGCUGUCCUGGAGCUAUCAGAUUGCUGACUCAACAGAUACCAAAAAAAAAAAAAAAAAAUCCAGCUUUGAUCUGUGAAAGUUGUGGAGAAAGCUCUGGGGAAGGGAGACAGGAGAAUGGGAAGUCUCACUGGAUUUGAAAGCGCUCUAAUUUUAACACCCGUAAGAGAGCAGAGGAGGUUUGGCAUGUGAGACGCAGCUGGAGGCUGAGAGCAGAUACAGACACGUGUGCUCUGGUGUCCUCACGAUCUCACAGCGGCUGAUUCCAUCACUGCUGGUGUCCCGAGGCCCGGAAUCAGCAUUUCAGUCAUGCUGAAAUGGAGAAACUAUUUGCUGUUUGUGUUUAGUCACAGGAAGGUUUUGACUGAAGCUGGCCUGAGUCACUCAAAUGACAACACCAUGUUGGAGCAGCAGCGUUUCGGGCGACCCGAGUUCAAGUCCCGGCCUGAGGUGCUUCAUGAUCCCAUUCCCCUCUCUCCUUUACUUCUCUUCUCAAACUAUCCUGUCAAAAUAUAGGUAAAAGGGCCAAAACUGUCAUUUUAAAAGACAAUACAAUAGGCUUAUCUGGGACGUUAUAAGCUUUAAUAAUGGGGAUUGUUUCUGAAAAUAUAGGACUAUACAUUUUAAUCAGAAUUAGUAAAUGAUCUAAUCUUCUUUAUUGCUGCAUCGAGUGAACCUCUGGAUGAUUGCUUAUGGAUUUGACUAUGUAAUCAAAUUUACCCCUUUAACAGAUUUAUUUCUGUAUGUAUACAUGCAUGUAACUCAAAAAGAUUUAGAUUCACGCUUAAAAACAAAAAAACACAAUGUUUAAAAACUUAUUAGAGGUACUUUAUGCAGUUUUGCUUUUAAAGUUAAUUUUAACAUAUUUUAAGGAUGUUUAGCUGUUU